AUGGAGGCUUGGAAUUGCUUGCGCGACAUAUUCCACGAUAAUAAACACUCUCGUGCUGUAACCCUUGAGUACGACUUCAUUUAUGUCAAUAUUACAGAUUUUUCGAAUGUCUCUACCUAUUGUCAACAUCUCAAAUCUCUGGCGGAUCAACUCAAGAAUAUAGGCUCCCUAGUUGCUAACGAUCGACUAGUUCUUCCACUGAUCUCUCGCUUUACCGAGCCCUACCAAGGUGUGGCCACUCUUAUUAGCCAACGUGACCUAUUGCCUCAAUUUUAUCAAGCCCGUUCGAUGCUCACUCUUGAGAAGGCUGGUCGUGCUAAGAAAAUGUCCCAAAGCUCCUCCGCUGCCUUAGUUGCUCGCUCGUCCGAGGGUUCUCCACAUAUUCUUGAUAAUUUCUCUUAUAACCGCAAUUCUAAUAGUUGGAAGAAAAACCACAACCGAAGUAAUAAUGGGGAAAAUAUCGCGACAAUAAUAGUAGUCGUGGAGGCGGCAAAGGAGCUGCCAUCAGCUGCGGUAAUACAGGUCGUGGUGGUCAGUUGGGAGGCGGCAACAACCGCGGUACUAGGCAGCUGUCAACGGGGCAAAAUCCUCUGCCCUAUUCUCCAUGGGCUGGCGAGAAGCAGUGGUUGUGGAUGA